CUUCAGCGGCCAAUGACAGAAGAUGCUCAAGUGAAAACCCACACUCGUCCAUUUCGUCAAAAGUUGUACAACAGAGUGGUUUGGACUGGUUCAGCGCUGGUCAAUCGUUUGUUGAUUAUCUCGACCAGGAAACUCUUCUCUGAAAAUAACGAUUAUCAUGGCUGCCGUAGCUACCAAGGACAUUGAGAAACCAGUCGUCGAGACUGCGACCGUUCAUCGCAUCCGUAUCACUCUGACCUCCCGCAAUGUGCGCAGUCUGGAGAAGGUGUGUGCCGAUCUGAUCGCCGGGGCUAAGAAGCAGAAGCUGCGCGUCAAGGGUCCAGUCCGUAUGCCAACCAAGAUCCUUCGCAUCACAACCCGUAAGACUCCUUGCGGUGAGGGUUCGAAGACUUGGGAUCGCUUCCAGAUGCGCAUCCACAAGCGUAUCAUCGAUCUGCACUCCCCAUCGGAAAUCGUGAAACAAAUCACCUCGAUUAACAUGGAACCCGGUGUAGAGGUCGAAGUGACGAUUGCUGACCCUUAAGCUGACGCUGCGAAGUCCCAGUUCUUGACGACCGGUAUGUGAUCAGUUCUCUCUGUUUCACUGGUCGCUCGACCACAGGCCAUAUGCCUGCCCUAUUGCACUAUGUGCAAUUAAUAGCUAGAACUAUUGUUCUAGUUCGUUACUUCACGCGUAACAUCAAGGAAGUAACGAAACACGUUCCCAUAUUAUAUGAUUGUACAUUUGGUGAAAUUACCAACAUCAGAGUUCAACAUCUGUAUGGAAAAUAACAAAGUAUUUAUACGCUUGAACGUGUGAAGGGGUAA